CCGCGCGGAAGUGAGCGGUGAGCACCUACACCGUGCGUGCUAAGCGGAAGAUCCGCAUUGUUUAAAACAUCCAUGACGUGUAGUUUUCAGUCCUCCAAACUAGGCUACAGUUUUGCACGUCAAAGCCACGACAGCUUCCUCGACGCACGAGCCUGUGUGCUGCCAGACGCAGCGCGACCCACUCUACACCGGGCUCGCAGGUGUUCGCGCGCUAUAUCGGCGCGUUCCAAGUUUCAAACAGCUGCUGUUUAAACCGCGGCCAGGAACGGGGCGCCGCGGCAUCUGAGCGCUGUGAGCAAGCGACACAUCAUCGCAAACCAGCGGCGUGGAAAGAAAACAUGGGCACCAUGCUGGAGUCCGUCCUCACCUACGCGUACCUCGCAGUCCUGUACUUCUUGCAGGGCAUCCCAUACGGUGUCCAGGACAAGCUACUACCCCAGCACCUCAGGUCGAAAAGGUUUUCCUACACUAAGCUCACAUUCGCCCGAGUCUUGCUUGUCCCGUGGCUGUGUAAGCCCCUAUUCGCUUCGUACAUCGAGAAGCGAUGGACCCAAAAGCGCUGGCUUCAGGUCUUUCUCGCCCUCAUGACAGCCGUUACGUGGCUGUCGUCCUACUUCGGCGACAACGUUUGGACGUUUGUAUUGACUCUGUUCUUCCUGAACGUGGUCUCGGCGUCGUUCGACGUCUCCGCCGACAUUGUCGCGAUGGACGUGCUUCAGGGAUCCCAGCUGUCUCUCGGAAACGCCGUUCAGGUGGGGGCCUACAAAAUAGGUGCCAUAUUCGGCGGCGGCGUCCUCUUCUUGCUGCAGCUUCUUGCCGGAGUGAAAGGCAUUCUUCGGGGCAUGUCGGUUGCGUACGCUCUUGGACUUUGCGUCGUUACGCUGCGAAAUGACUCUGAAAAGUCCGCCAUGAAACCCGAAGAAGAUUCUAUGAAGGAAACUGUAGUAGACGAGGCGUUUAAGCCAGGUGAUGCCGAUGUCAAGUCGCCCGAAGGUUUGCGCCGCCGAAAGGGAGAGUCAGAAAAGUUGCUUAGUGAAAGCGAAUCGACGUCACGUGACGGGGCCGCCACAGAUGACAUGAUACCUGGGUCCCUACUGGAGAGAUUUAAAUGCGUAAUUUCGGUUGAAGGCACUCUGGGCCUUGCUGUGUUGUUAAUCUUCUACAAGGCUGGUGAAUAUGGCAUUCUGACAACGUACCCUUCAUUCCUGCUGGAUCGUGGUUAUUCCUACUUCGUGGUCGGCUUCCUUAACGGUGGGCUGGGACAAGCUAUAUCCAUCUUGGGAAUCAUGAUUGGUGGAUACAUGGCGCGAUCAAGCAGGAGCCACAAAAGCCUUCUUCUGAAACUCUACAUCGCUCGCCUUUUGCCCGCAGCCCUCAUAUGCAUCACUAACACACGACUUUUUGGUCGUCCAAAGAAUGUUUAUUUCGGAGUCGCAGGCAUGCUGGGGCUCAACCUGAUUGCUGGAAUGAUAACCACUGUGGUCUUCACCAUGAUGAUGAGCAUGUCACAGACUCUGCAGAGGGGUCUCCGCUCUACGCACUUCUCUUUCCUGUGCACCGUCGAAGUGGUUGGCAAACUGGCCACUUCCAUUCUGGUUGGCCCGUGCAUCGACUUGGUGGGCAAGACACCGACAUACUUUGUCAUGACCGCACUUUGUGCAGCCACUAUUGCCACCAUCAGGCUUCUCAAGUGAUAUGUGCUCACAGAAAGAGCUGGGCGAUCGUUGGAGCCACUGAAAAUGAGGGGGCCCUUGCGUGUAUAUUAGAUCGGGCUUGUUACAGUAGUUUCAGUAUACAGGGUGAUGCAAAUGUACCAGAAAAAGUAACAAUAUUAUUAUCUUGAAUUUAGAACAGUGCAACAAGAGACAGGGACAGAAGAGGACACAUACAGCACUGUCUUAUCUGUUGUGCUGUUUUGAAUUCAACAUGUUGAACGAACACGCCACAAUUCUGAUGUUACGAAAAAUUUGUUAAACAUAGUCGCAAACUGCGGUUUUCACAGAAAUGCACAUGAACAAAUGGAAUAGCAUUUUUUCGUAGCAUAAAAUUUUGUAGCCAAUGUAGUUAUAUCUGUCACUAAAAGGCGGCACUGUUGCAGCGCCGCUGAAGUGCCACCUGUUGACAACAGAUGUAACUACUUUUGCAAUGAGAUGUCUUGUCAUUAAACAAUGUCAUGUUUUUCUGUGAAAGCUGCACCUCGCUGUAGUAUAUACAUUUCGAAUGCUUAAAUUUUGCUUCUUUCAUUACUUUUUGCUUACCCUGUCCAUUCUGUUUCGUAUACAACAGGCUGCCUUCGGCCUGUUGAUUGUGUUGUGUAAUGUGAGCUGCGUAAAACACGAGGAUGGGUGAGUUGAUGACAUGAGCAUUCCUGUGAAGUGCUUGCUUGUCCUUGUGUCUUGCACGGUUUUUAAUACCAGAUUGCGGCAAAUCAGACUCGGAUUGUUGCUUGAUACGUACAAGAAAGUAGACAGAGCAAACCUCCAAUUUCUGGUUUUACUUGUAACCUCAUCUCCUUCAACUGCUGAGUUUGUGGUUGCAGGUUUGAUUCCCAGUUGUGCAACCGUAUUUUUAGGGGGCAACAUGAUAAAAAGAUAUCCGCCCCCAUUCCACCCUGUGAAAGUGAAUGUACAGUGAAGCUGGUGCGGACGUUAGACAAGUACACAAAUGUUUUUCUAUUCCGCGCCAAUUGGAAUGUGGCUGCCAUGGUUGGUAAUCGAACUAGCAACCAUAUGCCGAGUGGCAGAACACCAUAGCCACUGCAUUAAAAAAAAAAAACGCAAUAGUUUUAUUGCUUUAUGUUCACUGGGUUCUGGUAUGUUUACUGGCUUAAGGCUCAAGGGGCGUUAAAAUAUGCCCAAAAGGAGCCUCCUAUGAUUCGGACAGUGAAUAGGGUGCUUGAGCAGAACAUUGUAAAGGAUUACUCGGGUGCAAGAAAACAUAGGAAGAACAAAUUCCUCAGUGUUUAUUAAGUACUUCUCAGGAGUUGUGAGCUGCUAGCUGUUAUUAACAUAUAUAAAAAAAGAACUUUGUGUUCAUUGUAUAAUGUGAUGAGUCGUUUAUCAAUUGAUGAGGUGCUUGCACACCCUUCACAUAUAUUUUGUCUCAUUGUUGAUGUUUGCUGUUAAAAUGUGAAGUAUGUUCUCACAGAACAUUACGAUGCAUGACUUACAUGCAUCCUGACUUGCAUAGUUGUUGAAUAUAUUUACAUUUUUAGAAGUUCUCCAGUGAAGUCUACUAACUCUUUUUGAUGGACUACUUACACCAGUGAUUCUUGCCAACUGUGUUUAUAGCAUACAUUGUUGAAAAAUACUAACAUAAUGAGGAUGCUGCUGUCAUGAGGCAAGUUUUUGUGGAGUUAUGAAAAUACCAUGCUGUCUGUCUGGAUGUUGUUACAUUUUGUUCAUGUGAGAAACCUAGAUAAAUAAUUAAAAAAUAACUACUUAUGCUACCCAAGCACCCAUAACCACUUCACGUGAUUAUUGACAAAUGCAUUAACUACUUUGUGUGCCCAAAGCUUUCCAAGAUCCACGCGGAAUGUUAUAAGAUAGCCUACGAACUAGCAUUGAUUAUGCUACCCAAGCAUUGUAGCACCUUUGCAUGGUUAUUGACAAGUGGUUCAAUAAUUACUUAAUUUACAUGCCCAAAUUUUUCUCAGAAGCACCACAAUGUAUACAGUAGAACCUCGUUCAUGCGUAAUGGGAAGAAAACGCGAGAAAAAAUGUACUAACCAGAAAAAUGUACGAUCUGAGGUCACUAAAGAAUUUGGCAGACUGUACUGUAGUUGACAUCUUCAUAAUGUGAAGUGUUGCGCAAAUUGUUGCAGCACAAGACGCCGAAGUGCACACAGCUUGCGGGGCUCAAGACGUGUGUUGUCGUUUUUUUUGGCUUCGGCAAGCUUACAUUAGCACUCCUCAAAUUCGGCCUGGGACAGCAGCUUUUCUGGGCAGGGUAUUUUGGCUGAAAAUUUGAAUGUGCCGUGUUGCAGCGGUCACCCAGAGAAUGCCGUGGAAUGUAUUUUAUGAGAAUUUUUCAAAACACAAUUAUGUUUGUGUAGCCCUUUGCUAGAAACAGUGAUAAGUGAGCAUAGUAGCGAUUGUACGCUGGCAUGUGGGAGAACCUGAAGUUAAGUGGGACUGCGAGUGUAAGAAAUUGAUUUCGUUAUAAUCAAGACUAUUGUCAUGCGACUCAUGCUUUUAGAAUUAUUUCUGCAAUAAUAGCUUUAUCCUGUUCCCUUUCAAACAUUACAAAAAUGGUCUAGAGUCCAGCCGGUGCAAUGCCACACGUGUCGAUGGUACAGAAAGCCACAAACGCGUUGUUGCAGUACAAGUCGACAGGUCUUGGCGACCGCGUGUAGAACCUGUGUGAUGUUCAAAUAUGCUCUGCCUCUCCUCUCUCUUUUCAUCUGUAUAUCCCCUUCCCCCAGUGCAGGGUAGCAAACUAGACGUGAGUCUGAUUAACCUCCCUGUCUUUCCUCUCUUCUAUUUCUCUCUCUCUCUCUGUCUUAGAAACUUUGCUUGUUCCUAGUCUGUGCUCUGCCUCUCCUCUCUCUUUUCAUCUGUAUAUCCCCUUCCCCCAGUGCAGGGUAGCAAACCAGACGUGAGUCUGAUUAACCUCCCUGUCUUUCCUCUCUUCUAUUUCUCUCUCUCUCUGUCUUAGAAAUUUUGCUUGUUCCUAGUCAUUUCCAAGACAAGCCAAAGUCUGCCAUUAUUACUUGUCUGGCAGUGUAAAAACCGCUGCAUAAAGCCUUUACAGCAUGAGUUGAAGGCAUUUUGUGUCUUACUGAGAGAGCAGAGACUACCAUAGAGAGCAUUGGGGGCCUUGCAAAUGUUCAUGCAUAUAAAAGCACCUAUGAGCACCGCCAUGCAAUGAGGAACAAUGCCGGCCACGGUUGUUCCACUUGUUGCCGCGACAGCACCUCUGCUAGGAGAGGUGACCUUUUCUUCUAUUUGCAACACGUGUUGAAAAAAGUGCAUGUGCAUAUAAAAUCUAACAGAUUCAUUACUACACAAAAAUCGCAGUGCACUCAAGUUACGUACACCAAUGUCUGACCACAUGAAGGUCAGUACCAAAGUUGGACAGUAGACUCUUGCGACAUGCAGUUUUACGCGACUUCCUGUGUAAGUUCCAAGUUAUAAUUCCUAUUCCAACCACCAACAUCCUAUUUGAUUCUAUCAAUACGCAGCACAUUCAUUUUGUUUCCAAGAUAAUCACAUGACAUAUUUUGGUUAGUUGUCAGACCAACCAAAAUCCACCAGCAGUGGGUUUGGUUAUGGAAAAAGAAUGCCAACUUCCAGAUUUACAAGCACUGUAAAGAGCCUGUUACAAAUGGCACUGCAAAGGAAAAGCUGUCUAGGUACUUGUGCAAUAUUAUUCAGAUAUUUUUGUUCAAGUCAAUCUUGUGUAUUCAGGUGGUUCUCACAUGAAACCUGCCAUGUGUAUGAGAUUCCAUAGGGCAUUUUCCAAAUAGCCCUUUUGAUUUCUUUUUCGCACGAUAUUCUGAAAGUAAAGUCACUUGUGCGAUACAUUUUUCCAAUGACACUAAUACUGUGUGGAAUUUGGUGAAACAAAACUGGGACUUCUGCACGUUUUGCCAGCAGGAACUAAACUUGGGAUUUCAAAGGUUUAAUUAUUGCUGUGAAAACAGUUUCAGGCUGUGAUGACUUACUAACUGCUAUUCUUUCCCUUGCUGUUGAUUAGAUAUAAAGGAUUUAUUUACAGGAAAGGCAGAGAGGCUGGCCUGAGUUCGUGCACUAUAGCCUGUGACUGUACUGGGGAAAAAGACGGGAGAGAAAGUGAGGAAUGAUGAUGGGAAUAGGAGUGGAUGCAUAUGUACAUUACACAACGGCUCUACUAAGGCUGCUCGUAGCCCCAUGUCAUACAGAAACUCCAACAACACUUUUUUUGAGCUGCCUUACAGUUGUAGUAUCGGGCCAUGGGCCGAGAACACUGCCCUCUGACAGUGGUUGCCUGACCACGUUGGCCUUUGGUAAGCCUUCUGAAUAGUGCAAUAUAUGCCAGAGCUUUUUUUUUUUCUAUUCCGGUGUUGGACUCGUAACUGAGAGAUUAUUUUUGUAACAGGCUGUGCUAUUGUGCAGUGAACAUGUUGAUGGUUGCUAUGGCAAAAGCUUACCAAAGCCUUUUCUUGCUAUACCAAAUGUUAUAUAUAUAUAUAUAUAUACAUUUCGAAGGAUUUUCUUUAUGGCAGCUGUGUCGGAACACCUGUCGGAAUACAGACAUAUUGUGUGUUAUUAUGUUGUGCUAAUUGCCAUGUCAGAUCAAAUUUCAAGCUACAAAACAUGGCCAGGGCAAGACUUGGAGCCCUACUGUUUGUGAAUGUUUUUUGAUAGUGCUUUCUUGCGAAAUUGUUCGUCUCUGCGGCAGCUGAAUGAGCAGCAUAGAUGUCUGCUUGAAAGACCUUUUACCUUAUGCUCUCUCGACAUUUUCCGGGCGUGUUUCAUCGCCCGACUUUUUGCCAGCUAGCCAGCAUAGACAUGUAGACAAAGACGGCAAGACGGACAGGGGAUGCUAUUUUGGUAGUACAGCACAAAGACAGGACUGGAGGGAAAAAAAUGAAAGAAUGUAAGCACUUACCUCUCAGUAUUUCUGAUGGUCUACUUAGUGGUAUUCAUUUGCGAUGCUCUACUUACACAAAUCUCUGUACCAACUAGCAUUCCUUCAUUCUAUCCUCAAGAGUGCAUUGUUGCCUUAUUCGUCUAUCUUGCUGCCCUUGUCGUGGCUUCUAUGCUGGUUGACUAUGUUAUUAACUUGUUCAAAUACCUACAUUCUUUCGAGUCCUCAUCUAGUCAUGUAAAAAGCUUAGGAACCUCUGCAUUUGUGACCAGUAGGCCAAAGGGGUGUGUGGUAUACUAAUGUGCAGUCAACAGAUAAGAGCACCGGAGAAGCUUUAGUACUUCAAAAUGUUCUACAGUAUUUAGGAUGUCAUUUUGUCUCAUUUCUUCAGCACCUCGGACACGGAACAUUCCUGUCAGGAACAGCAUGCCUGUCCGAGUGUCCCAUAGCAUUCCCGAGAGGAUAGCAAAGGGCACAGAGUUUUUAAGAAAGGAACUGCAUGCAAUUUCAUAAUGAUCAUUGCUCAGUGCAAAAAAAAAAAAAAAAAGAAUGUACACUUCUUGGGGUACAAUUUUGUCACUUAACAAUAAUCGAAACUCUGCAACAGCUACUUUAUUGUCAGGUAUUCCACGAGAUUGCACCCAAAACUGAGAAUUAGAGCUCCCUAGCUUGUCUGUAUAUGUAUGACAUUUCACAGAACAUACUGGGUUACCAGAAACUUGGACCGCAGUAUCAAUGCUGGUAGUGAAGUUUUGCAACUUGCCCAACAACAUAUUACAAGUGUUUUUGUGUUGUAUGGGAGUUGCCGUUUAAGGGUAAAAAAAAAAAAUGCAUGUUGAAGAUUACGUCACCACUUUACACCAGCAGUGAAGUAGACUAUACGUCGUUACUGCAACACCACCUACCUCUGUGUCGUUUCUGGUUAAACUCCACACCCCAAAUCUGACUACUCACGUUUACUUCUCCGGUAUUCCAUAAAUGGCACUGUGUAUACCAGCUAAAACUCUUGAUUGCGACAAAAUUACACCCCAAUAGGUGUACAAUAAGCCCUUAAAGGGCGAGAAAAUGUGCAUGCUGUAUACCGUACACGAGCACAUCAUUAUUAGGCCAGAGGGAGAACUUUUUCUGCAACUGUGAAGUAGCUGACACAAGUGCUUUGCAAGGCUUUUCCUUUCAGUAGAAGCAGUGCAGUUCCUAAGCUAUUUGCAGAAGUCACCUUUUCUUUGAGUGCGUUAAAUACACUGUUCAAACAAAUGUGGGGCGACUGACUCCACUGGUAAAACAGUUAAUCAGGAUGACUACUUGCCAGCUGUCAGUCAUGUUAUUCCUUUUGGUGAUGUGUUAAGAUGUUUGAACAUAAUUUCUUGAAGCAUGUAUGAGACUUUGGAUCUUGUUUCUGGAAAUAAAAGGUUUUUCCUCUUGGGAA